AUGUGUCCCGAAUUGUCACCAGUGAAGUGGAGAAGGCGAAGUUGGCGAAGCAUCGUUUCAGCACGCAGAGAAAAUGUAGUGUUCAGCAGCGUGCCGGUGGCCACGAGAGUGCAAGAGCUGGAAAGAAGGGAACAAGAAAUGGCCAACAACAACGAUAUGAAUAGUUUGAAGGAGAUGAUACAACGAUUGAUUGAUAUGCAAUUGAAUUCGCAGUUGUACAAUGGAAAAGUGGAUAAUACAGAAGCGAAUGCCAGUGAAGAGCUACAAGCAACUUUGAAUGAGUUACAAGAGGUACGCCAAACACUGCUCUCGUUCGAACGAAGAUAUGCAGCCGUUCAAAAGAAAAACGAGAAGUUGGAGGCUGAUUUGUCGAUGAUGAAAAGAGAGUUGGAUUUGAUGAAGAGCGAUGUCCACACCUGCAGAAAGAGUAGUUCACGGUGGAAGACGUGGAGACUCAGUCAGUCAUUCGAUGAUAGCGUUUUGUGUUGCGAUGGUGCUUCAGACAGUAAAGUGCAAGUACGAGAGCUGAAGGAAGAAAUUGCAAUGCUAAAUAAGGAGUUAGAGAAACGCGAUGCUAUUAUAGAAACUGAACGUGCUCAACACAAAGCACAGUUGAAAGAUUUUAUCGCCGCAGUCAAGGUGGCCGAAAGGCAUCGGGAAGAGGCACAGGCAGAACUGAACAGGAUGAGUGACGCCAAUCGAAUGAUUCCUUCUCCUGAUGAGGCGAUAUGGGACGACUUGAUGCAGAAAUACCAGAAGAGCACAAAGCGUAACGCGCUACUCGCCUGGGCUGAAGCGCACCUCACUGCCUAUCCUUCCAUAUCUGUUUCGAACUUCACCUCAGACUGGUGUGAUGGACGAGCUUUUUGCGCUCUGAUUCAUCAUUUUCAACCUGAAAUGAUCGAACGUGCUUCAUUGCUUCAACGGGAGAAGUGUCCAGAAUUGGCCGUCCAACUUGCGUCAAAGUUGGAAAUCCAUAUUAAUCCGGCAACUUUUGGUGGCUCAAAGCCCGAUUUCAAAUAUGUAAUGGAAGCGGUGUUCGAGCUGUACAAAAAACUUGAGCUUAAGGAUCGAGAAUGUUGA